AUGACGGAGUCGGACAUCAUCUCGGCCCUGUUCAACUGCUUAAAGUCCAGAGAGACAGGCUAUGCUACCCUCUCGGGCUUCGAUGGUGAUGAUGACGAUUGGUCAGAAGAGUAUCACGAGCUUUGCGAAGAAAAGGGCUGGGACAAGGACAUCGGCUUGGUCCAUGAUGAUUUCAUGGCCUUGCUGGAAGACGACUCCAUGGGAUCAGACGACGAGCUGAAAGCCAUGCUGAUGGAGCUGCGGAUGCCGCGUAAGCGAGCAAGGACCUUUGAUCAGAUGUCCCAUUCGGCCAAGCAGAGUGCGGCCGGUCGCGUGCGAUCGGAGAUUUCCGACAUGACGCGAGCGGAGCUGGUGAAGGAAGCUUUUGCAUCUUUGGAUGUGCGGCGGAAUGCAGUGCUCGGCUCCCGAGAAUUCAGGCGCUAUGCAGAGAUGACAGGCUACGAUGGAGGAGAGGAAUCUUGGCCUGAGCUCUACAAGGAGCUCUGCGACGACUAUGGAUGGCAGCCCGGAGCAGGGGUUACACUCGAGCAGUUCACGGUGUCUUGGCUACGUUAUGCCUGCAAGGUCUUCAUUGGCGACGAGUCGCACUCGUCAGACGAUGAACUGCAGCAGCAACCUGAGCAUGUGAUUCUGGCAGUAUGGAUAGCUGACUGGAUGGAUACACGUGAGUUGCAGAAAAGAUGGACGCGUAGGGAGCUGGUCCUCGAGCUCCGGCUGCAGCAGGAUGCGGCCCUCCGGCGAUUUCGCAGCGCGGUCCACCGGCUUGCAGGCAUGAAAGAACCAAGGGGGCUUAGCCGUGCAUGCUGGCGAGCGACACUGGGCAGGGUGCUUUGGUUGCUGCGCUACAACGGCAGCAAGCCUCCACGUGGCCAGCUGACGCGACAGGACAAGCUCGGAUGUGGAGACCACUGGAGCGACUGCACUGUUCGAUGCACUGGAUCGGAAACAAACGCAGCCCAUCUGACUGGCUUCUAUGGUGACGAUGCAGACUGGGAUAUGGAGUUCCGUGGCAUGUGCGAACAUUUUGACUGGAGCGCGUCGGAAGGAAUAAGCAGAUCCCAGUUCCGUCACUUCAUUGGAGACGAGGAGCCUCCGUGUGCCGUAAGUCCCAUCAGUGGCAGCAGCGACAGCAGCGGCACCCGCCUGCUUCCCGUAAAGGGCGAAGAGGUGGCGGAGAGCUGGCAUGCCGACGACGCAGCGCAACAGCAUGGUGAUGUCCCGACAGCCUUGCCACGCGCUGAAGCGGACGACGGCAACCCUUGCAGCCAGUCGGAGCGACCCGGCCUUGACAUGCUUCCGCCAUGUUAA